AUGCAUUACAAGUUCUUGCUUCGUGUCAACUACUUUCUGUGGAGCUUGCUAUCACCUGGCAACAAGGUAAAGGCGAUCAACACGGUUGUUGUGCCCGUGCUGACUAGCAGCUUUGGAGUGAUCAAACGCUUCGCCAAGGGCUUUCUCCGCUCGACGGAGGAAAGCUUACCGCUAAUGUGCCAUAAAUCAUCACCAACGUCGCCGCAGAAAAAGCUGAACAACAUCCUGUCCGAGGAAAUUUACAGUCUGGAUCAAAUCGUUUCGAGCAAAUUCGGUGACUCGUGCAAACAUUCACUCAUCGGUCACCAUCCGGCGCCGCCGCUACGCCCAGACGUGGAGUUCGAAUUCCGACGUAAUCUUCUCAUACGCCAGACUAACAGUGCCAACUCGAGCCCGAAACGGUUCGUGCCCAACAUCAAGCGGACGGACAGCCUCAACAGCAUCGAAGACAACGACCUGGACAGUGCGUCUUGGUUCCAGGCGGGGCUGCCUCGGGAAAUUUCGUUAGAGGUGCUCACCCAACAGGCGCCCGGUGCAUUUCUGGUACGGCGAAGUACGACCAAGCAAGGUUGUUUCGCGCUAUCGCUGAGGGUCCCAUCGCCAGGGCCGAAGGUGGUGCACUAUUUGAUCCUGAAGACGGAACGAGGCUACAAAAUAAAGGGCUUCACAAAGGAAUUCUCCUCGCUGCGAGCGCUGAUAACGCACCACUCGGUGAUGCCGGAAAUGCUUCCGGUUCCGCUGUCGCUGCCCCGGCCCCAAAACAUCCCAAUCAAGUGCAAACGCGUCGACGACUACGACAGCUACAGCACCCUGCACGAGUUCUCCAAGCUGUUCUCCGAUCUGGACCUAUGAUAGUUUGUCACCACCACCGCCAGCCAUCAGAUGCAGCCGUGCCGUCGUCUGCAGGAAGCGAGCUUUCGUCGUCGCUGAGUUAGUCGUGGAGGAUAGUUUAGCUCGCUGUCGCUACGAUGACGACGAUGAUGAUGGUGAUGACAACGAUGGGAAGUAGCAGCCAAAAGUGAAUGUUUUACCAGACGACAGGUAAACUUUUUGAUGAGUUUGUAAAUAGCCCUUCUUGUGCUAUCGGCACCCCGCUGCGCUGGAGGACACAUGGUCCCUUCCCGGGCACGAACGGUGGUGUUGAAUUAAUUUUACAUGGAGUAGCUGUCGCGGGGUGCCACUUCCGAUAACUAAAGCUUGUCAGGGCGAUGGAAGUCGCUGUCAGAAUGUCGUCAUUCCCCAUACAACGCAGCACAAGUUCACAAUCAAAAAUCAAUACCUUAUACUGGUGAAUGAGAAAAAAAUGAACAUAGAACUGUAACCGUUUGAUAUUGUGAUAUAGCGUUAUACAUGUAUGUUGUACACACGUCCGAGAGGAAAAUCACUUUACACAGGAAAUUGGUUAGUCAUUAUCUAAAGGGGACACAGUUGUAAUAGGUCUGUGCCUGCGCUGUUGGUCACACACAGUAUGCGGGUUAUCGAAACUAGAAAUCGGAAAUAAAUGACU